GAUGACUCAUAAGGAGAAGUUCUUUUCCUUUUGUCUUUACCGACUUUCUCCAGCUCCUCAUUGUCGACUUACAAUCCCACCAAACAAAGUAAAACGGACAGAACAAAGAAAAGGAGAGUUUCUUGCCCUUUUUGUUACAAACGCAUCAGCCUCUUUUUGUUUCCAUUGCAUAUCAUCGUCUACACUGUACUCUCCAUAUUUCUGUCACGAUAUUAUAUUAACAUGGUAGUAGCAGCCUUUAAAUCCGCAUCUGGAAGAGCAACAACAUCAUCAUCAUCACCAUCUUCUUCUUCUUCUUCUUCUUUAAAACAAACCGAAGACAAUCCUACAUCACCAAGGAAAAAAGUAAAUUCUCCUAAGAAACCUCGCCCUCCUCGAAGAUCAAGAAGUGUUAGCGCUGUCUCAAGAUCCCAAUUUGAAACUUCAUCUGAUUUCUUGAUUAAGAGAGACAAUCCUCUCUAUUGGAGCAAUGUCUCUCCACCUGACGAAGAAAAUAAAGAAUAUCUAACUGCAAAGAAUAAGUCUCUGAAUGCAGAUAAUAAUAGAAGGGGCCGAUCGGUGUCAAGAAACACUGAUGUUGGGAAAAACGUUUCGAAAGAGAUAGGUAGGAGCCUGGCAAGGGUGGACACUGGGCGCUGCCGUUCUGUGUCCCGGGGUCCCGUGGCUAGGACGCAUUUCUUCAAUUCCGAGAGGGACGUUGAACAAAAAAGUAUUAGUUUGGGCAAGUAUAGAAACAGAAAUGAUUUGGGAAGAGGUUCAUAUGUUGGGAGAAAGAGUAAUUUAGUUAGAAGCAGCAGUUCUGAUACGAUCAAACAGAUUCAAAGCUUGCAGACGCCAACACGCAGUUCUUCCGCAAAUUUGGCUUCUUCACGAAAUUUGAGUUGCGAAGAUGGAGUUACUGCAAGCUCGUUCUCAGAAGCUGAAGAGAGGACUAAUAGAGCAAUUUGUGAGCAAACGAAGGCGAUCCAAAGGAGCCAUCUAACUUCUAUUGCAAACACCGAUGUAACUGAUAUUCCUCCUGACUUGGUCAGCCCUAGCGCAGUUGAAUUGGUUUUGGACAUCCGAAGAGAAUAUGCCAACAAGCUUGAGCAGUCCCAGGAACGGGCUAGGAAACUUCGAGCAGACCUGGCUGUUGAGGAGCACCGUGGUUUAGAGCUGAGCAGAAUCCUUAAGGAAGUAAUUCCAGAUCCCAUGAUGUCAGAUGUACAGAAAUCUCGUCCAGGAAGGAAGUCUAGCAUUGAAAGAAGGAAGAUGUCAAAAAGAUUAACAGAAGAAGCAAUGGCUUAUUUCGAUGAAUGUGUGUCACUUUCAACCUUUGAUAGCUCCGAUUUUUCAUCGCAAGAGGACCCGCCAAUCAGCGUAGUUGGGAUUAGUGCUCCUGUAGGUGACCAUGUGUCACUUUCACAAGCAAGUACUAGUGUUGUAGCCAACCACGACAAUUGCCCAAAUGAUAGACAGGCAUGGUACUGUAUAUAUAGCAGCAGUAAGGAGCCUACCCCUGAUGAAAUCAGUUUAAACGGCUCGGAAACACAACGGGAUAGGAGUUUACAGUUUUCUUUUGCUGAUAAUCAAAAUGACACCCUUGAAUCCCAGCAUGACAUUGGGAAAUUUGUCAAAAAUUUUGAGAGGGGCAUGGAGAGAGUUGAUGCCAACUCGAAUAUCCGAGGCAAUCUGGAUGAUUAUAAUUUGCAGGUCUCAGCACAAAGCUGCUUGUUUGACAUGGUGCUUUUUAAGAACAAAAUCAAUUCCGGUACUAUGCUACUUUGUGGUGGUGUUACUACUAUGCUAUCGCCUUUUGGCUCCUAGUCCUGAAAUGUAUAGGUUCUUAUGUUGUAAUCCGAGUGCUGUUGAGUGGAAGUUUUAAGCAGGUAGGUUUUGGGAUCACACCCUUGUAAAAUAUGCAAGCAUACGUACGUGGUCUGAGUUUGCCACUAUAUGUAAAGCCGUGGUCUGAAUGUGCUGUGACAGCAUGAGCUUGUAAAGUUGUGUUGUGGCUGAUGUGAUUUUUUUGUGGAUCGACUACGUCCUUAAUAAGGUCAGAAUGGUUGACAAUUGAUAUCUCCAACAUUGAUCAUUUGCUGUAUGCAAGGAAGCUGAAAAAAAAAAAAAACAAGGAAAGAAUAUAAGAAAGAUAUUACACGGUGA